AUGAAGAAGGGUGCUCGAGACGCAAAACAUGCCGACUGCACGGCAAAAAGAGCUGUGACAAUACACUUUGGCAGUUCAUCUUUGCGCAGGGGAGAAGGGCCACAACUUGUAGUUGCUGUCUACGGACUGGAUUCCUUCGGCAAUGACGUGGUUAGAGGCUACGGUGCAGUGCACGUACCGCCCAUUCCGGGAACGCACAAGAAGGCAUUGCACAUGUUUGUGCCCGAAUCUUCAUCCUUCCUUCAAAAGCUCACGAGCUGGGUCACCGGCCGGAGGCCCGAAUUCAUUGACUUCAAAACUGCAGCCCGCGGAGAAGGACGUGAAGUGACGAGGACAUCCUCAAAUGGAGUCGUUAACGUUGUCUUCAAUGUGGUCUCAAAAGACAUGAAAAAGUAUGGCUACAACGUCGGAACUGUCGAUGGCCAUAGUGGACGUGUUAUUGAUGUUCCAGUGCCGUUCUGA